AUGCUGGUUAAUCCGAACAUGACCCUUGUCAAGGAGCCCGGUACUCACGUGCACCCUCCAAAGACACCUUGCUUCGUAAACAGUCACACGUCCCAUCUCCACGGUGGUAUCAUUGGCCAACAACUCUCUACUGAUUAUAAAGUGCAGAGCCUCAAAAUAUCUCCAUUGGCGAAUUCGCUUCGCUUCGUUAAAUUUUCUGACUUGAAGAGCUUCAAGUCGAAGGUGGGCCAGCGAUGGCGGUGCACCUAUGACUGUAAGGCGUACAUUUUGAUAUCGAACGAUGGAUGCAUCAUCAAGUCCAUGGCCCAUCACUCUCACCCGCCUCCGAGAAAUUACACGUACUGUUUCGGGUUCAAAUCCCGGAUGGGGCAGAGGUGGCGCUGCAGCGCCGGCUGCAGGGCUUACGUCAUGGUGUCGGAGAGUGGCAAGUUGAUAAAGGACAUCGGCGUUCACACCCACAUGCCCCAAGUGUACCACGUGACGGCCGAUGGGAAAUAUAUCAAAGUU